GUCUUAUUAGAAAAUUUUCUCCCGCAACACCGUGCCAGUGCAGGACCGUCGUGGUGGAAAACUUUCGCCAGUCGUCUCAAUUUUCCCUUCUCGUUCACGCGCAGCGGUUUGUUCAUCGGAAUUUUCAUUUUUCAUGUUAGGGGACACAGUCGUCGCCAGUCAGAGAUCGGAGCCACACACAACGGGUAGGACGAGACAGAAUCAGACUCGCACUUUUCAUGAUGCGUUGUCAUUGUGAGAGAAUCCAUCAGAAAAAGUGAAACACCCUCCGCCCACCGUCGUCCGUCGUCGUUUAGGUGAAAACGGGAAUGUAAAAUCGAAAAUUUUCGGUGCAAUAAAUGGUUUUCUCGGUCGGAAAGUGAUCAAUUCCGUCGCUCGGAUGCAACGGGCGAUUGAACUUGCAGGAAAUUGGCAGUUUGGUGAAAAGUUGGCGAAGAAAACGAGCCGAGAAAAAGUGACGAGUAGUUAUGUGAAUUUUCAUCUUAUUUUUCUUGUUCCUCCUCCUCUCCGUGUGUCCAGUCAAGUGCAACGCCAGCGAAACGCGAAACUGUGUGAUGAUUUGAACGGAUUGAUGAAAUAAUUGUGUGGCAGAGUGGAAUUUUUUUUCCUACGUUGAUUUCUGUUGGUUUUUAGGUUCGUCCGUGGAAGAGUGUUGUUCGUGUCGCUGUGUGAAUUAUUGUAGGCACAGUGUAAAACAAGGUAGAGCAGUGGGGUGUAGGAGGAAAGUGCUGCAGCAGCAGGAGGCGGACAGCAGGAACUAGCGCUACUGUCUGGAGGAGCACAUCCGGUAAAGAUGGCAGCACUCAAUGAUUUGGAAGUUUUGCGGUCGGAGAUCGAGCGCCUGAACCGGGAGCUCGACCAGGCCAGCAGUGAGAACAUCCAGUCGGCCAAAUACGGCCUGGGGCUGCUGGAGGAGAAACAAUCCCUGCAGUCCAAGUGCGAGGAACUGGAAGCGCUGUACGAGAACGCACGGCACGAGCUGGAAAUCACACAAGAGGCGCUGCAAAAAUUUCAAAAGACACAGCAAGUCACCACCAAAAGUGGCAUCGAGCAGGAAGAUGCCCUGCUCAACGAAUCCGCCGCGAUGGAAACGUCCCUCAACCUGCAGAUUCUGGAGCUGGAGAACGAAACCAAACAGCUGCGGCACGAGCUGGAACGGGUCACGAACGAACGGGACCGCAUGCUGCAGGAAAACUCGGAAAUCGGCCGGGACAAAUCCGGCGCGGAAGCGGAACGGGCCCGGUUAAAGGCCGAGCUCAAAGACAUGAAAUACAGGGAAACACGAAUGCUCAGCGACUACAGUGAACUGGAGGAGGAGAAUAUUUCUCUACAGAAGCAGGUGGCCAGCUUGCGGAGUUCACAGGUCGAAUUUGAAGGUGCCAAACACGAAAUCCGAAGACUCUCAGAGGAAAUAGAGUUGCUCAACUCACAAGUGGAGGAGUUGGCUAGUUUGAAGAAGAUCGCCGAGAAGCAAAUGGAAGAUGCAUUGACCGCGCUUCAAAUUGAGCGUGAGCAAAAGUAUGCACUGAAGAAGGAACUUGAUACACAUAUCAAUCGGGAAUCGAUGUACAACAUUAGCAAUCUGGCAAUCAGUAUACGGGGCAUGGAGGAGAGCACGCUGAAUAGCAGCGAUUGUGAAGAUGAACUGCCUACCCUGAAAGACUCGACACUCAAACGGUUGGAAACCCUGGAGGCAGAGACGGCCGACCUAAAGUCACCCGACGGCACCAAGGUCGAUCUGUUCUCCGAGAUUCAUCUGAACGAACUGAAGAAAUUGGAAAAGCAAUUGGAGUCGAUCGACAACGAGAAGCUCAGCCUGACGGCCAACCUGCGAGAGGCUCAGCAGAAUCUGGAUAAGAGCCAGAACGAGAUGCAAAACUUCAUGGCCAAGAUCACGCUGCUGGCGGCCCAUGUGGAUGCGCUGGCAAAUCUCAAGAAGCAGAUCGCGGCGGAGGACAAAUUUGCAAAUGUGUCGAACAACAAGGACAAGGUGAUGAACGACAAGCUGAACGAAGCCAUCCUGCAAUACUCGAAUUGGUUCACACUCAGCUCGAAGGAAAUCGACACCUUGAAGGCCGAUCUAGUCGAACUGCAAAAGGGUCUGAACUGCUCAGACGCCAUGGCUGUGCUGCGUAAUGAAAUUACCAACCUAAAGAAUAAGUUACUAUCCUCAGAGCAGAAAUCGCUGGAUCUGCACAGUGACGUUCACGUGCUGACGACUCUGUCUCAAACCGCUGGCCAAAGUCUCAAUUCCACCCGCAGCAAUCUGGUGUCUCUCAGCGACGAUCUCGCCCAGCUGUACCAUCUGGUUUGCACAGUCAACGGUGAAACACCGAAUCGUGUUCUGCUGGAUCACAAGAAUGACGAUCUAAGCUUCGACAACGAUUCGCUGUCCGCCAUUCAGUCGCAGCUCAAGUCCGACAUCCUUACCUCGAAGCCGCAUGUCUUCGAAGAUCUGCAGGCGCUGAGCGAUGCCGUCGAGAUCAAAAAGUACGUCGACACGAUCAGCGAUCAGAUCAAGUACCUCAAGAGCGCCGUCGAGCACACGAUCGAGCUGAACAAGGACAAGGUCUCGGACGUGGCCGCCGGCGACAAGGACGCCAAGGAGGAGAUCGCCGAUUUGCAUGAACAGAUCAUCAAGCUCAAGAGUUUGCUCUCGACGAAACGGGAACAGAUCGCCACCCUGCGAACGGUACUCAAAUCGAACAAGAACACGGCCGAGGUGGCGCUGACGAACCUCAAGUCCAAGUACGAGAACGAGAAGCUGGUGGUGAGCGACACCAUGUCCAAGCUGCGAAACGAGCUGAGGAUCCUCAAGGAGGACGCCGCUACCUUCUCGAGUCUUCGGGCAAUGUUUGCCGCCCGUUGCGAAGAAUACGUUACGCAGGUCGAUGAGCUGACCCACCAACUGUCGGCUGCCGAGGAGGAGAAGAAAACUCUGAACCAACUGCUGCGGUUGGCCGUGCAGCAGAAACUGGGCCUUACCCAAAAGCUGGAAGAGCUGGAAAUGGACCGUGAAAUGCGCCACGUCCGGCGACCGGCGAUGCCAGCCCGAGGCGGUGGCAAGUCCGCCUUCUCCCGCGGAGUUCCCGCUCGCAGCAGCAACCAGAACCCGAACAACAGCAGUAACAAUCCGAACCAAGCAUUCUUCUAACAUAAGGUUAGCGUACAGCGUAAGAUCUUAGCCUUUCUUUACACUCUGCUGAAGAUGUAAAGAGCCGUUGAACGUCGUCCAACAUGUUUUGAGUUUCAUCUCUAAGGGCCGUUCCCCCUCGUGUGGGGAUUUCCAUCUUCCUUUCGUGAAGAUCGGGAAUACGCGCGAAUCCUUCCAUCCAAUCAAAAAUAGGUUUUCUCCUAGUUUACCCAUAACCGUAAGCUAAAUUGUUUACCAGUGCAUCCGCAUCCACGCGCAUCACAUUCCUUCGGGAAGUGCUGGAUGGGCUCUGCGUCUCCUCACCUGCUCUUUUUGUACUAUACACAAACCGGAGGUCGAAUGAACUUUAAAUUGUAAGUCAGAACUAAAUGUGCGACGAGUGAAUGAAGAAGCAUAUAUUUUUAAUAAUAUUAUAGGACAACGGACGACGGACGCGUUCCGAAGAACGAAAUCGGAACGUAACCCGCAGUCGGGAAAAUUGCAUACCUAAUACGAAAGUAAGGCGAAUGUGUGAAAGUAUAUCGUUAAUUUAUUUUGAUAAGACUAUAAUAUAUUAUUACACGACAACAGUGGCUAACAAAAAACCAAUACAUAUUUGAACAGUUUAUUAUUGCUAUUUGUUUAGGGAUCAGAAAGGGGAAGAUUGAACACUGCCUUGUAUAGGCACAAGCUGUACGCGAAACAUAGAAAAGCUGAAGGGAAGUACUCCGUUUGGUAUAAAGUUCUUUUGGUAAACUUCGUUUUGCCAUGCAACCAUGAACAGAACGGCCAAUUCGAAGAGAAGAAACAUGUUUAAUGUUAUUUCAAGCGAUUUUUCGCCAAAUGGAGCACUCCUAGCCGGAAUAAUAUUAUUCAAUUUUUAACAUUUCUCGGGAUUUACCUUGCAUGUAUUUGCAAGGUAGAUCUAAUCAUCGAGGGGAUAUAUUUACUUAUGGACAUAAAAUGAGAAAUAAAUAAUUAUUGUCAAACAAUAAUAUGUUAUAGAAGAGAUUGGAAAAAGUUGUAGAUAUUUUUUCGGUUAUCAUUUUGCGAAUGUCAGUGCAAUACAAAUAUAUUUUACAAUUAUGAUUUUGCUUUGUUUCUUCAUUUUGUUUGAUGGUAAAAUUAUCGAUUGAUUAGAAUUCAAUACUAUAUGCCGAGAAGAGUGAUAACUUUCUCAGAUCCUAUUUUAAAAUUGGACCAAAUCUAUUUUAGGAAACUACUUAGAACAAAAAACAUGCUACCGCACUUACUACAAACUAAAGUCUAUCGUAUUUGCUCCGUUCGUACUUUUUUGAGAAAUAUUCGUAUCUAAAUUGUGAUUUUACCAAAUACGGAGCACCACGUUGCUCACCUAUUUUGGUCUAGAAUUAGUUUUGAUUGAUCGUGGUGGUCCGGAGCAGUCUGUUUUGUAUCUCUCAAGCGUAUGUACAUUUGGUAGCUUUUUAACACACCCUGGCAGUUGAUAGUGUAGCUCAUACGUAGAAAAUAACCAAACUAGCAUUAGAGCUUAGGUUUGGAGAACUUAGUGCUGUAGAGUCUAAUCCACAAUAGCUUAUUGAUGAAAACGGUUAGGUUUAGCGAAUAACAGCAAGCAUUAAACACGGACUAUUCCUUGGAAUUAAAAUGCGUGUUUUUUAGGAAAUUGAUUUGCAAAUGUUGAGAUUCCAGCUUGAUCUUAAAAAGAAUUAGAGGAAGGUGCCACCAACUCUUCUGAUCGCAUAAUUUUACCAACCUUGUUUCAGUUCGAAUACGAGGACGACGGAAAUUUCUCGAGUGUGUACGAUGUAAUUGAUGGAGUGACACGAUGUCGUUUGGUAUGAAAACCAUUGAAUAUGUUCUUCUUUUGAUAACAACACUAAGUCAGAACUAAGAUAAGUAAGAACUAAGAUCAAUCAGAUCUGCAGAUUUGUACUGUGUCAACAACAUUAUGGCCAUCAUGUCAAAUUUAAAUUAUACCAAACAUCGUUUUAUCGAACAAUCAGAGCAGUUUUUGGGUUUCCUCGUCCUGUGCUUCAUCUUAUCAUUUCCAGUUUAAAUCAAACUGCCGAAAAUGUUGAAACUAGAAUCGUACUGAAUGAAAAAUAUCACAAAAACUUACACUGUGACAAAGCAAAAAGCAAACAUCACGAUUCUGUCCUCACGUUAAAAAAAAACGAUAUUUUUUCUAUCAAAUGAAGAGCGUCCAAAACUAAUUGUCAAAAGAGUAAUAAAUUCCAAUUUAAGAGUAAGGAUAACAAAGCAAACAAAAAACGAACAAAUUUAUUUGUGAACACAAUAAGAGAAGAAAGAAAAAACGAAGAAAAUCACCGAGCCAUUUAUUUAUUUAACAAAUUAAGAAAAAUCUGAAUUUAAAUCUAACUGUGUGUGUGCGUUGAGAACUUACUGAACAAAUCUCACUGUCCCAUGGGAACACACAAAAAAAUGUCCACCAGUCCGAGUCGAUUUUGCAUGGGAUACAGACAAAACCGCAUGAUGCCACACACUAUUGAAGAAUAAAUUAAUCACCGUCCCUUUUUACGAGAUCGAAGUAAAAGUAAAAGCAUAACAAUUCGUGUGUGUACGUGUAAUGUAAGCAGUUAGUAGGAAAAUCAAUAAUCUCAUUUAACUGAUUGUUUGAGAUUAAGGUAACUGUUAAUUGUUAAACAUAUUAAGAUAUCGUGUGAAUCAACCAACAACGUUUUUAGUUUGUUGAUCGUUUGGCUUUUUUUAGGAUGCACAACGCUCUGGCAAAAGACCGCGUUAGCUAGAUACAUGGUGCUUCAGAUUAAUUUUUGCUUAAUGAUCCAUAUUUUUACUCAUUUUUGGUACCAGGUUUGGCCCUAGUUGUUCCUUAUUUCAACGUAUUAGAAAGAUUUAUGAAUGUUCAAACAAAGAACAACUACGACCAAAUUAGGUACCAGUAGCUUUUCCAAAUGGCUUGUAAUUGAUUAUCAGUGAGAAAAAAAAAUGUAUAAACAAAUCGUACUGAAGAAAUCGAGAAAAGCAAUGUUUUCUUUCCAAGGAACACGUCGUUGCUCACAAGCAAACAUACCUAGUUGAUUAACCGAACAACAAAGAAGUAAACUAAUUCCAUCUUACAUGAAUGAAACGAAAAAAAAAGGAGUAAAAGUUACUGUCCAAAAUAGAGAAUUAAUCACAUUCUAGAGAUUUUAGUAGCCAUAGUCUACCAACAUAAUGUAGAUGAUAAGUUCAGUCCGGAAUAUUAUCUGUAGCGAGGCCAUUGAAGCAUUGAGUCAUUUCUCGCUCCGAAAUAGAACAUACCCUAGCAUUUUGGGAACUAAUCUAAACAGAAGCAUUAACUGAAAUUUGUUCUGUAGAUAGUGAUUCAAAGCAUACCGCAAUCGUAUCCAUACAAUGACUACAACACGAUUACUCAAAUUACUAGGCAUCGGUAUUUCAUUUCUUAAUCAAUUUGUUGAUAGUUACUGCAUUAGUACCCAGUUCUAACGUUGUCAGAAAUGAAUCGUAGAUUUACCUACUAGUAGACGUUUACAUGUUUUUCAUGCGCAACCCAACAGUCCAGACAGACAGGCUCUAAAAUAUGCGUACACCGAUACAGACAGGACCGUUUUUGUCCACCCUUAAAGAACAAAACAUUGGAAAGAGAACACAAUGCAAAAGAUAUUCUAAACACACUGAUCCUCAAGCAUGAUUUUUUUGUUUUCAACUUUUCCUAUGCGUUUCUCCUUUUAGUGCAGAGCAGUAAAACAGGAUUUCCGUCACAUCACAAACUAUUUGCGUGAGUGUGUGUUUCGACGAGCUUGAUAGCUAGAGCAAUAAUCGUUUGUAAUAUUAUUUAAUUCAUAUGCAACAAAUGCAAGCAAGCGGAAGUCAUCAUUUUGUGUUAGAUUCUCUCCCCUUUGGAACCCAGCAAAGCAGAGAUACGAGGUUUGAUAAUUAUUAAAAACACACUUAGGAGCACCUUGACCGUUUCUGUGUUUGCAGCAGCAACUGGAGGCAGGGUAGUAAUUAUCAUUUGCUAACUUAUAUUAAUUUAUUGUAUCUCAUUAAAAAUGAACGUCAAAUAUAAUGAAAAAGUCUAUAUUGUAAAAGUCUUACACUGCAAAAAGACCUUAAAAUAUGAAA